CCUCAUUAGCCAGACGUGAUAAUUGAUAUAUUGUGAGGACUAUUAAUAGGUAGCCGAAGGUCUAUCAAAAAAGUAUUUACGAAACAUCACUCGAACAACAACUCAACAGUAUCCUGGCAACAAACAACUCAUCUUUCACUUUUCAAACUACUACUAUUCAAUUCACAAUGGUCAAAACUAUUCCCUUCGGCGACAUCACUGUUCCGUCGCCCGGCUUUGGAGCAAUGGGCAUGAGCUUUGGUCUCGGCUCUAACCUGAGCCUUGAGGAAGCCGAACCAGUCCUGCUCAAAGCUAUUGAGCUAGGCUGCACCUUCUGGGAUACAGCUGUAGUAUAUCAGGCUGGCGUUAACGAAAAGCUCCUUGGGGACUUUAUCAGGAAACAUAACGUUCGAGACAAGGUCUUUAUCGCUUCAAAGUGUGGUUUCGAUGUGUUUGGUAAGGGCGGAGUGACCAAUUCUGCCUCCCACAUCAAGGAGUAUAUCGAAGGAACCAUCGAAAGACUUGGCUUUGCCCCUGACCUGUACUACCUGCAUCGAAUUGAUCCUAACACGCCGCUCGAGGAGUCCAUUCCUGCUCUGAAUGAAAUUCGAAAGCAGGGAAAGACAAAGUACAUUGGCCUAUCUGAAUGUUCCGCCAACACCUUGCGCAAGGCCAAUUCCAUUGCAAAGAUCGAUGCUGUCCAAGCCGAAUACUCGGCCUUUGAGACACUGCACGAGACCGAUGGUCUUAUUGAUACGGCGAAAGAGCUCGGCAUCGCCUACGUCGCCUACAGCCCACUUGGCCACGGCUGGCUCGUCGAUGACUUCCCUUACAAGAGUCCGGAUGAUUUCGCACCUGACGACUUUCGACGAACAGUACCCAAGUUUCAAGGCGAAAACUUCUACAAGAACAAGGCUAUAGUAGAGGAGAUCAAGAAACUCGCUGUUCGCAAGGGAUGCACUUUGACACAAAUCGCGCUUGCUUGGGUUGCGUCCCAGGGAAUGAUUGCUAUUCCUGGUACGACCAAGGCGCACCGUUUGGAGGAGAACUGGGCAUCUAGGAAUGUUGACUUGACUGAUAACGAAAAGGCUGAGAUGAGGAGGAUUAUUGAUUCGGCUAAACCACAGGGGAAUAGAUAUAGUGCUACUCAUCAGGCUUUGGUCGGCCACUAGAUUGGUUCAUUAGUACAGUUGAAAUAGCAAAGGGCAACUUAUUGCCGGGACGUUCCUCAGAUAAUGGAUAGACA